AUGGCAGUGUCUGGUUUCGAGGGAUUCGAGAAAAGACUCGAGCUUCGAUUCUUCGACGACACCCAAAUCACCAACAAUAACCCCAUGGGACUCCGUCUAAUCGACUUCGAAUCACUAGACCAAGUCUUGAACCAAGUGCAGUGCACGGUGGUCUCCGCCGUAGCUAACCGUAGCUUCGACGCUUACGUGCUCUCCGAGUCAAGCCUAUUCGUCUAUCCAACCAAAAUCAUCAUCAAAACAUGCGGCACCACGCAACUCCUCAAAUCAAUCCGACCCUUGAUCCAUCUCGCGCGUAAUCUCAACCUCACGUUACGCGCGUGUCGCUACUCGCGAGGCAGCUUCAUCUUCCCAAACUCUCAGCCUUUCCCUUACACGAGCUUCAAAGACGAAGUAGUCGUUGUCGAAGAUUCCCUCCCGAAAUCUCUCCGUUACCGUAAAGCCUCCGUCAUAACGCCUUCUUCCUCCUCCUCACGUGAUUGGCACGUGUUCACCGCGAGCGUUGACGUGGAGUCCGACGAGCCGGUCGUAGUAGUCGAAGUAUGCAUGACGGAGCUUGACCGAGUCAACGCUCGGAGCUUCUUCAGACGGAAAGGCGACGACAAAAACAGUGAUUCCGCCGGGAAAGAGAUGACGAGGCUGAGCGGUAUCGAUAUGAUAAACGCAAACGCGUUUAUAUGCGAUUUCGCGUUUGAUCCUUGCGGUUACUCGAUGAACGGCGUCGACGGAGAACGUUACUCGACCAUCCACGUCACGCCUGAAGACGGUUUUAGCUACGCUAGCUUCGAGUGCGGUUUGUCUCUCUACGACGACGGUCACUUAGACGUCUCCGAGGUUUUAAGCCGAGCAAUCGAUGUUUUCCGACCAGGUUCUGUCUCGAUCGCCACCACUUACGGCGGCGAGGAUUAUAACCACGAGGUUUCGAAGCGCGUGGAGCGCGUGUUGGCUAAGAAGCUCGGUCUUAAGUGUAGGAGCCGACUUAUGGAUGAGUUUCCAGGCUCCGGAACCGUCGUUUAUCAGUCUUUCACGCCUCGCCGGAAAUAG